CAUGCCUGGGAAGUCUGGUAGUAAUCAUCAGAAGCUGCGAUCCGAUAAUUAAUACCGUAAAAAGACCAAUGAAGGAAAUGACAGCGUGAGAACAGUAAGUUUUAGUCGGAGAGGUAUGCAGGACGGACGGGAGUGGGGCUGGUGCGUUUUCUAACAGCUUCCCCAGCCGAUGUAUAUUUCGUCUUGUAACUGGUGGCAGUUCUUUCACUUAAACUAAAUCUGCUGAAAAUGUAAAUCAAAAUCUAAGGACAACGAUGGCAAGUCAGCAGGAUAGGAGCAAUGGCUCUGUUUUUUCGGUGACAGAGCUGUCUGGUCUUAACUCUGGUAGCACUGAAGUCAAAGAGGAGUUCGAGAAAAAGCUUACGCUAAUUAAAGGGGGAAUAUUUCUAGGCACAGCUGCUGCUGCAGGAAUGUUGAUUGGCUUUGGCACCACUCUUGCAGUGUCCAAGAAGAGAAGCCCCACCUGGUUUAGCAAGGGAAUUUCUGCUACCGCAGCAGUACCAGAGACUGGUGCUUCACUAGCCUUGAGGGCUCUUGGCUGGGGUUCUCUCUAUGCCUGGUGUGGAGUGGGUCUGCUGAGUUUCACUGUCUGGAAGGCUUUAGGAGUUCACAGUAUGAAAGAAUUCCAAGAGAAAAUGCAGACAAUAUUUCCAGCCAUUCCAAAAGACACAGAACAAUCCCGGAACUCUGAGCCCUUCAGCUGGGAGGCAUUUUUAAAAGGGAAGUGAGGAUCAGCAGUAGUUUCCAUUACCAGAUUAAAUGCACACUUGUGAUGGUGCUGGGGAACAGUGUUGAAUAGUUUCCUGUGGAUUAUUGCCAAAACUGAUAAUAAUAAAACAGCAAAUGAAGUUUUGCAAUGAUUCUUAUGUGUACCAUUGAAGCAGAGACCCUUGUUGCAGGUAGUAUUCUUUUUUAAGCAGUUACUUUGUUCAUCCUAAGCAACAUACUGAACUUGAGACUGAUGUUAACAGGACUGCUGUAUAUUGCAACACUGGCAGCCCGUGUUCAGCCAUGGCCUUGCAUUUUUCAUGGGAGAUGCAUUUAUUGCCUUACAAAAUAUAUAAACCAUGUUUUCUGUAGCAAAGCAGGUUUUCACAGUGCUGCCAGCACCAGCAUGACAACAGUUGUUGCUGCACAACAGAUAGAUAGAUACAUUUAUUAUACAGAAAAGUUGAGCACGUUUCUUGCUGUAAGAACUUUCAGAGUAUGAGGAAUCCAGAAAACAGAAACAGGAAUUUAUAAUGUAUGUUUUAGUCAUGUACAAUACUUAGUCAUUAAGCAUUAUCGUACUUUAAAUAAAUAAAUGUCUUUGAUUUGCCACACUUAUCCUUGGAUGGUGUUAAAUUUUGUUUAGACAAAAAAUAAAGACUGGUUUCAUAUUUGGA